UAAAUGCUUUCAUAGAAGCAUUUUCGAUUAAGAUCGUGCAAGAAUGCGAUAUUUUAUGUUUAAGUUAAAGAGCAUAUUAAUUUAUCAACACAUAAAUUGGAUAUAUUGUUGACAUCACCAGUGCUAACAAUCCCUUUUCUUUUGUUUCCAUGUUAAAGACGUUUAAAACAAUAUUAGAACAUUUGACGAUCGAAUGCAUCAAGCUCUUCGAUGACACAGAUCUAAAAGAGAGCGUACACAAUAUCGUAAACGGUGGAUAAGAACAUGUGAAUAAAUGGAACAAUUUAACGCGACAAUCUUUUUGGUUGGUGAAUCAGCAAAAGGAAAUUAUCAUGAAAUCCCACACUAUACAGGAUGUGAACGCUUCAUUAAUUUUAAAUGCAAUAUCGAAAAUCAUGGAUUCCGUAAGAUCAGCCAAGAAUAAAGAAUCAUCAUACAUGGACGAAGUACGUGUAUGCUUGGGGAAAUGCAGAGAUAUUGCAACCAAAAAGGAGGAAAAGCUUGAAGGGUAUCUAAGAAUAAAAGCAGAUUUGGAACGUAAAAUCAGGACAUUAGAGGAAACUAUCCCGACUUUGGAGAAAGAAGCUAGAGAAUUCUACACAAUUGCAAAUCGACUUGAUAAUCGAGCGCGUGAACUUGAUGAUAGGAGGUGGUUGUUCACAAAGAUAGCUAUGGCUGUGAUAGGAGCACUGUUUGUAACGCUGACAGCUGGCUUAAUUUUGACUGUGGUGGCUGUUGCAUUUUUGGCAAACUUCAAUCUGAAUACUCCGUCUGGGUGUCGUGAUGGCGCGUGGGAGUGUAGGCAGAAAGCGAUUGAGAAAAUAAAAGAAAUCGAAAGUCUGAAGAGCAAUAUUCGAGAAGUGAAUGAGCUGCAAAAUAGUAUCGUCAUAGUCAAAUCGGAUAUUGACGCUUUACAUGGAAUAGAUAGAGAAUUGAAUGACUUGAUGCAAGAGAUAGAAUCGUUGAACAUUAAGAGUUGUUCAGACCAUGUACUGGGAUUGUUGCAGAAGGUGCAGUCCCGUGCAGUCCUACUGACCAAUUUGGAAGCUGAUUCUCAACUUCAAAAAUUUAAGGUGGAAUGGAACUCAAUGGAGAGACAACUCAACGAAUGCAGUAUGCCCUUCUCGGAUUUUAUUUUCUGAGUUCUAUGCUUCAACUCAGAGAAAAGAGUGUUUACUUGGCGUCGAUUUGAAACAAUGUUAUUUAACAAGCACACAUAGAAUGAGAAUAUUUGUAUAACCAUUUGUUUUGUUAAUUCCUGUUUGAGAGUAUUGGGAUUUGUACGCGAAAUAAUGUUUUUUAACCAUUUUUAUCUCGGAUUAUAUAAAUAAAUGAACAAUCAUCAUGCCAUUCAAUCUCUCUAUAUACUGUAUACCGUGUUUUGGCAAUAUGUAAUGUUGUUUGAAUAAUUCUUUGCAAUGGAAACUUUAAGAUGGAGAAAUAUGACAUAUGGCUCAGUAAAGCUUGUAUACAGACGACGAUAUGAUACU